CCGCUUCCUCCACACGUCUGACCAUCCCUGGGAAUCAUGUUGUUGUACUUAGCCUUGUUGUCCGUGUUGCCCUCUGGUCUGUCAGGGGGUAAUAUUUGUUGUGCCCCCGACAGGUGGGCGGCAGACAGACACUCCGCAGGUCUUGCUCUGGUCAAAGUAGAAGGCGUGAAUGUUCCCUUCAUCGACGCGGGGCGCUCUGAAGAAUAUGUUGAUGCCGCGAGUCAGAGAUAUGCCAGCAUCAGUAACUUCAGCCUCGAAGACACACAGAGGGAGGUCAAAAUUAUCGCCGAUUACAAGAAGGGUCGGCAAUAUACCAUCGACCUCAAGAAGAAUACGUGCACCGUCAGAACGUUGAACCUUCCAUAUGCCAAGUUCUGUAUUCAAGAUUCAUUCAAAAAAUCAUUUGACAUUACGCUUGGAUUCGGGGAUAACUCCUUGUCAGGAGAAGUUUACACUGAAGAUUACAGCGGCAUUGGUCCUGAUCCCAACAGCAAGAUAGGCACCGCGGUGCUCGUCACGAAAGAAUGCAUUCCUGUUCAGACAGAUAUAUACGGACUUAAGGAUUACAACUUGCUUCAAUCAACUGGUUUUGGCACCUACACCACAGACUUUGACGACUCAAUCUUCGACAUCCCAAGUAUCUGUCCAAGCGGUACAGAGUCUACGGCGACUGACGUUCCCUCCUUUGACGAGAUUCGCCAGCAGUGGGCAAAGUAUGUGAAGGUGUAGCCAGGAUGCUUCCGGAUGCAGCCACAGAGAUGAAUGUUCAGUGUGACCUCCUGGUAUCAAUGUAGAUGAUAACGUGGCAUCAGUGAGUGUCAAAUAUGUCAGUAUGUCCAACUGUGAAAGAUGUCUAGAUCUGCUAACAAAUAUGCCUUUAUGCUCCCUGCUGUAUCGUGUAUCGGUAAUGCUUUACCGGAAUAUGUUCAAACUAUCGUCAAUUAGAUGAGCUGAAAAUCGCAGACUGAAAGUCAAAUUUCAAAAUGUUGGUGUUUAUUAUUAAACAAGGGAGUGAAUUGAUUACCAUUUAGGGUGAAAGUGAAUGCGAGCAGCGGUGCAAAAUUCCCAACACAUUAUUGUGUCGUGAGUGGAAUCUCGCGCCAUGUUAGAAAUAUAUAUCCGUAAAUGCAUACGUACAUUAUUGAUCUGUUCCGAACAUGGAACGCUUACAUAGACAUUGCCCUGAUUUCCUGUAUUAUCCAUAAUAGGUUAAAGAAUGAAACAUAAUUAAAAUAUGAUCAUAAGAGUAGAAUAAACUGACCCACUUUCUCUUUCAAUUUGAAAGAUAGCUUACAUUGUCAGAAUUAAAAAAAUGUCUAUCUAAAAAAAGUCACCAGUGGAGAUCCUAAAGCACUAUCACCGGAGGAAACGGUGAAUAUUCGUGUCGGUGGCCACUGUGAUGUGUGAAUAAUGAUGCCUGUAUUCGCCCCUUGCUGUAGUGUGUGAUACAUAUCAAAGCCGAAAUAAAUAUUUUGUUGUUUUGCAUGGACA